UCAGCAGGAGUUCGUGUCAUGUUGUAGAAGUGGACAUCGGACGUGAGGCUUUAAGAGGUUCUCCUCAGGUGGUACAACUUCAGUGUUGAACAGAAUUGAUGACACAGACCAAAGAGUGCUGCAAACAUGGGGUGCAUUCACAGCCUCGCUACCAGAAGAAAUAAGGACCAACAAGCUGACCCCAGAGGCACCAGUCUUAGGACAGACCCUGAGGUACUCCCUGAGAUCCUGCAGCUCGCUGAGCAAUACCAAGGAGUGGGCCAUGCCUUCACCGAGACGCACUUCAAGCGGGAACACGUGUGUGGCAAGUGCAAGCAUACCAUAGAAAGCGCUGGCGUUUUCUGCAAGGAGUGCAAGGUGGCAGUUCACAAGGUGUGUGAAACCAAGGUGUCUACCACCUGUGCCUCAACACCAGAGCAGCACAUUUCCAUUAAGUCUGCUUCACCGAAGAAAAGAGGCUCCAUGCCGAGGUACCGUACACCUAAAUGA